GCGCGUGGGUGGGAUCAUCCGUUUGUUUAAGGUUUGGCUGUACACAUUUUUCAGUGAUUUUUUCUUUAGGGUUCCUUAUCUUUAUCCAUAGCCGAAAUUAACUUCUGCUUCUUCUUCUUCUCCACUCAGAUGUUAAGGACUUGCCACUUUGAAAAAAAAAAGACUUACCACUUGUUAUACCUUUGCGAGGAUGGAAUAGAAGAGCUUGAGAAUAAAACCUACCUAUUUCUCUCUCUCUCUCUGCAGGUAACAAUGCAAGGAGUUAUUCGAGGAUUUUUGUCCAAUGGAAAUGUUGUGAAAAAUGCUGUUUUGCAACGUAUAUCUCUUGUGAAUCCAGUGUUGCAGCCUGCCAUCUUUUCACGUUUUCAGUCGACUACAACUGCUCGUAUAGAAGAGCAUGGUUUUGAAAGCACAACUAUUUCAGAUAUCAUGAAAUCGAAGGGUAAAGGUGCUGAUGGUUCUUGGCUAUGGUGCACUACAGAUGACAGUGUUUAUGAGGCUGUUAAGUCGAUGACUCAACACAAUGUUGGUGCCCUGGUGGUCGUGAAACCAGGAGAGGAAAAGUCAAUUGCUGGAAUUAUAACAGAAAGAGAUUAUCUGCGGAAGAUCAUAGUGCAGGGAAGAUCAUCCAAGUCCACUAAGGUCGGGGAUAUCAUGACUGAAGAGAACAAGCUUAUCACUGUCAAUCCUUCCACCAAAGUUUUGCGUGCAAUGCAACUGAUGACUGAUAAUCGGAUCAGGCACAUUCCAGUGGUUGAUGACAAGGGAAUGAUUGGCAUGGUGUCCAUUGGAGAUGUGGUACGAGCUGUGGUGAGUGAACAUAGGCAGGAGCUUGACCGGUUGAAUGCUUUUAUUCAGGGAGGUUACUAGAUGAUGAUGACAACUACGACGAUGAUGAUGACAAAGAUCAGACACUCUUCGGUUGCCCUGGUUGAACAAUGAACAAUAAUAGGGCCGGGUGCUUGUAAAUACCCUUUGCUCUUUGCAACUCCUUUUGUGUUCUGUUUUUUUUUCGAUGUUCAUAUGCUAUGACAUCAAAACACCAACGAGCGAACUAACAUGGUUAAUAACGAAAACUUAUUUGCUGCUUAAAA